AUGGAUAGUGUUGCGGCUUGGAAUGUGAGGGGUUUGAACCACACCCUCAAACAAAAGGAGGUUCAAAAAUUUGUAAGGGAUAAUAGCUUGCAAGUUUUAGCGAUAUUGGAAUCUCAUGUUCAGGUUGCUAAUUUGGAAAAGGUGUGUAAAAAGGUGUUUAAUAAUUGGGAUUGGACAUCGAAUGGUACUUUGUGUGAUAAAGGUACGCGAGUUAUUGUUGGAUGCAAUGUGGAUAAUGUAGAGUUAGUAGUUCUGCACGCUACUAAUCAAGUUGUUCAUGUACAAGUCCGGUUCAAAAAAGACAAUGCUAUGGUAAAUGUCUCUUUUGUUUAUGCUAGUAAUAAUGAAAAAGAAAGGAAACAACUAUGGGAGUCGCUGAAAAUGCAUAAAGGACCGGCUCAGUUGAACCCGUGGGUGAUCAUGGGGGAUUUUAAUGUUGGGCUGAAUUUAGAUGAUACGUGUAUGGGGUCAUCGAAUGUGAAUAGUGCUAUGAAGGAUUUUAUUGAAUGUGUUAAUUAUCUUGAAGUAUUUGACGUUCGAGCUCAUGGCAUGCAUUACACUUGGAGUCAGUGCCCAAAGAAGGGGAUUGGAAUUAGAAAGAAAUUGGACAGAAUUUUGGUGAAUGUCAGUUUUGUGGAUAGGUUUGUGGAUGCUUGUGGGGUGUUCUUGCCUAAUGGAAUCUCGGAUCAUUCUCCAGCUUUGCUUAAAAUUAUUGAGGCCGAAAAGAAUAAACCUAAGCCAUUCAAGUUUACUAACUUGUUGGCUCAUAAGAAGGAGUUUUUGGAUGUGGUUACGAAUGGAUGGGCUAUGGAGGUUAUGGGGGUUCCGAUGUUUCUUGUAGUCAAGAAGCUAAGAGGGCUGAAACAUCCUUUACGACUGCUUCUCAUGAAACAAGGUAACAUUCAUAAAAAGGUGACUGAAUUGAAAGCGGAAAUGGAGUCAUUGCAGAGUAUAUUGGAUGCGGAUCCUUUCAACUUAAAAAUUAAAGAAGCUGAGUCGAUUUGUGUGAAGAAAUACUUGGAGGCUACGUUAGAUGAAGAGAGGUUUUUAAAACAGAAGGCUAAACAAAAAUGGCUUGAAGCUGGAGAUUUGAAUACAACGUUUUUUCACAAUGUGGGAGAUAAAUCACACGUUUUUAGCUCUCAUACCAAAGUUACUACUCCGGAAGUGGUCACUGAUUAUAGGCCGAUAUCGUGUUGUAAUGUGGUGUAUAAAGCCAUUAGCAAGAUUCUUACGGCUAGGAUUCUUGAAGGCUUAAAGGGCAUUAUAAGUGAAAAUCAAUCGGCGUUUGUUCCAGGAAGGAGGAUUUCGGAUAAUGUAAUGCUGACUCAAGAACUUAUGCAUAAUUAUCAUCGUCAAAGUGGGCCGCCUAGAUGUGCUAUGAAAGUAGACAUUCAGAAAGCUUACGAUACGGUUGACUGGAGAUUUUUACGGGAUGUAUUGCAUGGUUUUGGCUUUAAUCAGCGUUUUAUCUUAUGGAUUAUGGAGUGUAUCACAACUACUUCAUUCUCUAUAAGUGUAAACGGUAAUGUUCACGGGUAUUUCAAAGGGAAGCGGGGGUUGCGUCAGGGGGACCCUAUGUCUCCAUAUUUGUUCACUAUGGUCAUGGAAAUCUUAACGUUGAUUCUCAAUAAAGCCGCUGAAUUGGAUUCAUCUUUUAGGUUUCAUAAUAAAUGUGAGAAGCAAAUGAUAAUCAAUGUUUGUUUUGCUGAUGAUCUUUUCUUAUUUGCUAGAGGUGAUGUUGGCUCGGUAAAGGUUGUUAUGCGUUCCUUGAAACAAUUUGAGGAAGCUUCUGGUUUAGUGCCUAGCAAUGCAAAAAGUACCAUUUUUUAUUUUAAUGUGCCGGUUUUGACGAGGACAAGGAUCUCGAGUUUGGUUCCAUUUGAUGAAAGGAAACUUCCUAUUAGAUACUUGGGUGUUCCGUUGCUUGCCUCGCGUCUUUUAAUAAAAGAUUGUAAAGUUUUGGUGGAGCGUAUGUCUAAUCGUAUUAAUGACUGGAAAAACAGGUUUUUAUCGUUUGCGGGCAGACUUCAGCUGAUUCUUUCGGUUCUAUCCUCUAUUCAUGUUUAUUGGGCUUCAGUUUUAUUCUACCGGUUAGUAUCAUAA